AUGGGAUUGGUACCAUCUCCACAAAAGAAAAUGGGGUUGGUACCAUCUCCACAAAAGAAAAUGGGGUUGGUACCAUCUCCACAAAAGAAAAUGGGGUUGGUACCAUCUCCACAAAAGAAAAUGGGGUUGGUACCAUCUCCACAAAAGAAAAUGGGGUUGGUACCAUCUCCACAAAAGAAAAUAGGGUUGGUACCAUCUCCACAAAAGAAAAUGGGGUUGGUACCAUCUCCACGAGAGAAAACGGGGGUUUGA